AUGGAAGUCUCUCGAUCAAACAUGUGGGACACUCACAUUCAUUGUCUUGACCCGGUCCGUUAUCCUUUCAAGCCUACUCGAACGUAUACACCUCCUCCUGCUCCCCUGGAGGAAUUGGCGACUCAAGUCAAGGCCGAUCGGCUGGUUUUGGUGCAAGCAUCAAUAGAGAACGGUCACCAUGGCAUGGUGGACCAUCUUCGUCGUAUUCGUACAGAAUUUCCCCACCUCCUUGCUCGUGGGAUCAUGUGUAUGGAUCAAAGUUGGACUACAUUGUCAAAUCAAGACAUUGAUGAGUUACAUGAUCUCGGUGUGCGCUGUGUUCGGAUACAUGGUUUCCUGGGGAAGUCCGUGCCCGACUCUUCCAGUUUGGAAGAGCAGUUCCGUCUAUUUUCCCGCUCAUAUGCAGUUCGGAGAUGGGGCUGGGGAUUGUCAGCUCAGUUAAGCCUUGCCACAUGGGCGUCGCUCUCAGAGUUUCUUGUCCAUGACUCGGAAGUUUCCCGAAUUCACAUUAUCGCUGAUCAUGUCGCCUGCUGCGCGCCCAAAGAUAUCGACACGCCGCAAUUCGACGCAAUUCUGAGGCUACUACAGACGGGACGGGUGUAUGCCAAGGUUUCUUGUUUGUAUCGACGGAGUCCAGAUGAGAUACGGAGAAUGAAGCCGAUAAUUCAAAGUCUGGCAGAUACUGCCUCUGAUGCAAUACUUUGGGGCAGCGACUGGCCCCAUGUGGAUAGCACUAAGGGAUCGGAUAGUCUUGCCUCGAAGCGAGUGGACAUAGGCAAGGAGUUGGAUAUCCUACAGAGUUGGCUAUCGAACGUCCAAUGGCGAAAGAUGCUUGUCGAUACCCCAGAAAAGCUUUUCGCUAACUGA